UGUCUCAAUUUCCUCAGCGCUGACCUUCACCUUCGCUUGUCGAUCGGACUUACCGGACACCCUUAGAAUCAAAGCCAUGAAGAUCUUCAAACCAAGCUUCAACUUCUCCAUGUGGUGCUGCGUCCUGGUGUUCAUGACGUUCUCCUGCUUGGUCCUCAUUCAGAUGGACCUCAGUUCCCCUCAUUCAGUAAGCAUUCGAUUAACACGCCACCAACCCAGUAGCUCCAUGGCCAAGUUAAACACCACCCCACCCCAGAUCCUCUCUGCCAACUAUGAGUGCCUCCUGAACAACAGCCUCUUAAACAUUCCUACGCACCUCCCUGAGGCUCACCGCACCUUCCUCAGGUACAAGCACUGCCGGUCCUUCCCUAGACUGCUGACGCCCAGGCCCUGCGAUGAUAACCUGUUCCUCUUGAUGGUCAUCAAGUCCACUGCUGCCCAAGUGGACCGACGGGCUGCCCUGCGUACUACAUGGGGUCAGGAGGGAGUCAUCAGAGGCAAGAAAGUGAAGCUGGUGUUCCUUUUGGGCAGGUCCCAGGACUCGGUGAAGGGGUAUCCCCUGCAGCGGCUCCUGGAGUAUGAGAACAGGCAGUUUGGUGACAUCCUGCAAUGGGACUUUGUGGACAGUUUCUUCAAUCUGACUUUGAAGGAGAUCCACUUCCUCAGCUGGUUCAGAGAGGAGUGCCAGACGGCCCAGUUUGUGUUGAAGGGGGACGACGAUGUUUUCAUUCACACAGGGAAUAUGGUGGAGUUUCUCGAGGACCGUAAUCCUUCGGACCACCUGUUCGCUGGUGACAUUAUUACCCAGGCCUACCCCAUUCGUGACCCUAAACACAAGUACUUUAUCCCAGUGGAGAUGUACCCCAAUCGUCAAUACCCGCCAUACGCAGGAGGGGGUGGCUACCUGAUGUCCCGCCAGAUGGUGGUGGGUCUGGACCGCGCAGCCCAAGAUACGGACCUGUUCCCCAUCGAUGAUGUUUUUGUGGGUAUGUGCCUACAAAAGAUGAAUGUGACGCUGGUGUUCCAUGAUGGUUUCAGAACCUUUGGUUACCGGCAAUACAUCACCCCAUUCAACCCAUGCUUCUACAGGGAACUCAUGCUGGUGCAUAAACUGAACCCCACAGAGAUGUGGACCAUGUGGUCUCUUGUAAAUGAUCCAGACUUGAGCUGCAACAAGAAAAUCACUAUAGCAGGAAGCCUUAAGUAACCAUAGAUUGAUUGCAGCUGAAGAACAUUCUGCAGGAAAUGUGUUGAAACUUUCACAAAUGUCAAAAGAAAUACAUUGAUGCGUAUGGAAUUC